AUGACUACAAUAAACGGUGAUAUCGACAGUUCGAACCUUCCAAUUAUUAAAUCAGAAUUACAUGCCGAUCCAAUUGAUAUUAAUACAAGUAUAUCACCUCUAGCAUCAGCACCUAUCUCACUUGAUACUAUUCUACAAAAAUGUGGUGAUCUUGGACGGUUUCAACUCUUUCACUAUUUCUUUAUCAAUCUCAUUUCCGUGAGUGCUGCAGUUGUUGGCUUCUAUUAUGUUUUUGCUGCAGCUGACAUUGAUCAUCGAUGUCGGCUACCUGAAAAUGUAUGGCCUAAUGAUAAUCAAUAUCAUCCGAUAAAUAAAAAACAUGAAAUCCUAAUAAAUCUUUAUAUACCAAAAACAGCAGAUGGCAAAAAAUGGGAAGAAUGUGUUCGAUAUUUAAAUGGAACUAUUAAUGAUACUCUUGUCACUUGUCCAAAUGGAUGGGCUUACGAUCGAUCAAUAUUUGGAUAUACAUUUACUGAAGAAGCUAAUCUUGUUUGUGGUAGUCAACCGAAAAAGAGUUGGAUAGCCACUCUAAUGCAGUGCGGUGGUUUUGCAUUACUUUUUAUUGGAUCAUUUGCUGAUAAAUUUGGUCGAAAGAAAACAAUAGCAACCGUUUCUAUUAUUCUGUUUAUAAUAUGUUUGAUUACUCAGAUAAUGAUACAAUGGAUACCGAUGUCCAUCAACGUUAAAUUUAUUCUUUUAUUGUUGAACCAAUUCGCGUCUGGUCUUACUGCUGCUGCAUUCAGCCUCAUAUUUAUUCUAGUACUUGAAUUAACAUCAUCAGCUCAUACAGGUUUUGCUGGAAAUUUUGCACUCGUUUUAUUUACAAUUGGUGAAGGUGUUGUGACUUUAUUUGCUUAUUUAGCAAAAGAUUGGCAAUUAUUGAAAUGGAUCAAUACAGCUUUCAUUGGUCUUGUAAUACCUUAUUUAUAUUUCAUGCCUGAAUCCCCGUUGUAUUUGUAUUCUAAAAGAGAUUUUUUUCGAUUGGAAGCAUUGCUGCGACGAAUUGCAACUACGAAUAAACGAGACGAAGCUGAUUGGUAUCCUGUGUAUCAAGAACUUCUACGAAAUCAAUCAUUUAUUUUAUCCAAUCAAAAAGAAUUAACAUUUCUUCAAAAAGCUCAUCAAAUUCUAGCACAUCGAUCAACUGUUAUUAAGUUACUAAUUACUGCUUUACUUGGUUUUACGACACUUAUGCUUUAUAUCAAAAUAAGUUAUGGCUUAGCUGCAAUGAGCAUUUCACCAUAUUUAGGAAUACUCAUUGGUGCUGCUGUUGAAGCCGGCGGAUAUGUCACAGGUUCUUUACUGAUAUCAACAAGACUUGCUCGUAAAGGGUCAUUUAUUCUUGUGACAUCAGUGACAAUUAUUUGUGUUAUUCUUAUUCCCAUCAUUUCGAAUCAUAGUCCGAUUGCGACUGUAUUUAUUGCUCAAUUCGGAAAAUUCGCUAUAUCUGGUUCAAUUGCUGUAUCAUGGAUAUUUGUACCUGAACUAUUUCCAACUGCAAUUCGAAGCGGUGCCAAUGGAUUUUUCAUUGCAUUUAGUCGUAUCGGUGCUAUUGUCGCACCGAUUAUUGAUACAUCUAUUAGUGAUGAAUAUUUACCGUACACAUUUUAUGCAUCAGCUGGUUUAGCUCUCAUCGUCGUUUUGCUGACACUACUUUUGCCUGAAACAAAAUAUACUUCGAUGGACGAUGAAGAAGAUUAUGAAAAAAAUCGAAGCGAUGCUUGA